AUGGUUCUUUUCGUGGAGGUGGAGUAUUCUUGGAUUCCAAGUGCUUGUGAUAGAUGUGGAGCACUUGGCCAUAAAGAGAAAAGGUGUUUACUGCCUCCUAAGCCUCAUGAUUCUGCUACUGUUACUAAGGAACCUCAGGUUACCAACGAAGAGAUUCCAGUGGUGAAUAUAGUUCAUUUGGCACAGAACUCUUUCAGUACACUUGUGGAAAAUUUGGAGCCAUGUUCGGGCUCGCUCUCUACCCAACAAGCACUUGAGACUCUAGAAAAGUCUUUGAUCACUACACCUUCUGAGGUUUCAGUUGUCACUCCUUUCACAGAUUUGCAUGAGGUACAUUCUACUUCUUGCUCAGAGAUUGAUGUCACUAUCCCUAUGUUAGCAGCUGCAAAUGUUGCUCCCUCUAAUUCACCUAUUAUGGAAGCCAUUCCAUCACAAUCUAUCAUUGUGGAAGACCCUAGCUCUUCUGCAAAUGAGCAACAAAUUGACCCUACCACUCCUCCCACCCACAAUCAACAACAAUUCUAUAGAGAAUCGGAGAUUCCGGUUACUUAUGGAAAAGGACCUGGUUUUGAUGUGGUUGGAGAGCCUUCUGGUUAUAACUUAACUAGAGGCGGAAGGGAAAUAAAACCAGCACAAAAGUUUCAAGGUAUGGAAUGGACAAAUGUUAGUGGAAGAGGUAAAAGAGGUCGUCGCGGCCGAGGGAACCAUAACCAGUAG